GCAUGGAGCCCGGGAAGGCGGUGCCUGGGGCGCACAGCAGCGGGCCUCGGGUGGCCGCGGGGUCAGGGACGGCCGCGGAGCUCGUGUACCAUCUAGCGGGGGCCCUGGGCGCGGAGCUGAAGGAGCUGGCGCGCCGUUUCGGGCCGGAGGCGGCGGCCAGGCUAGUGCCACUCGUGGUGCGGACGCUGGAGCUCCUGGAAAAGGCUGCCGUGGGGCCGGACCCAGACUCACUGCAGGUGUCAGCGCAGCAGGCCGAAGUGGAGCUGCGGCGGCUGCGGGAGGAGAACGAGCGCCUCCGCAGAGAGCUGCGCUCUGGGCCACAGGAGGAGCGCGCUCUCCUGAGGCAGCUCAAGGAGGUGACCGACCGCCAGCGGGACGAGCUCCGCGCGCACAACCGAGACCUGCUGCAGCGCAGCCAGGAGACCGAGGCGCUGCAGGAGCAGCUGCAGCGCCUCCUACUGGUGAAUGAAGAGCUGCGGCACAAGCUGGCCGCCGUACAAACCCAGCUGCGCGCCGCGAGGGACCGCGAGAGCGAGCGGCAACUACAGCGCCAGGGGGUCGUGGAGCUGGCGCGGGACCAGGCCGGGGCGGCCGGCUACGAGCAGAGGCAGGAGCCCGAGCGGGCCACCGCCGACGCAGGAGCCCCGGGGACCCCUGAGGACCCGGCGGGUGCCCUGCAGCAGCCAGGGUGCUCCUCCAAGGCAGGACAGUGCAGCUUCAGUCGAGAGGAGCUUGAGCAGAUCCUUCAGGAGCGGAAUGAGCUCAAAGCCAACGUGUUCCUGCUGAAGGAGGAGUUGGCCUACUUCCAGCGGGAGCUGCUCACAGACCACCGGGUCCCUGGGCUUUUGGUUGAGGCCAUGAAGGUGGCUGUCAAGAAGCAGCGGAAGAAGAUCAAGGCCAAGAUGCUAGGGACCCCAGAGGAAGCAGAAAGCAGUGACGAUGAAGACAGCUCAUGGCUCCUGCUCUCCAGUGAUAAGAGAGCCCACCCUCCACCCACUGAGUCCAGAAUACAGAGUUUCUUUGGCCUGUCCUAUCAGGGUGAAACAGAGGACCCUGAAGCCCAGACCAGCAGCAUGGCUCCCAGCGAGCUAGGGGGAGAAGAGGAGGCGCCCCCCCAGUCCUCAACUCCUGACUAGCUCUGCUCAGCACUCGACGAGCAUCUUUGUCUGGGGGUCUCAGCUGCCCCCAGAGACCUGACUUGGGAAUUGGGCUAUGGGUGGAUGUGUGGCCUCAAAUGA